UCUAGUGCUCACGAUCCACGGCGAGGGACUGGAAGUGCAAAGGGGCCCAGCAAAAUAGAGCUUUUAACAAUCCUGUCUGUAUAAAUGAAGCAGAAUGAGUUUAUAAAGCAAAAUGUUCUGGAGAGGCUCCUGUGAAGAGGCUGUUAUUGCAACAGAUCUGUGAAGACAUCCUGUAUGGAAAGUAAUGUAGCACACGAAAUGAUCUCUAGUGGUCUGCGACUAAACAUCAUUUAUGAAACCUCAGCAGCCAUUACCAUUUUGACGUGGUGCUCUACCCAGGACCCAGAGUGUUUUUCUCCACUGCAUGAUGUCCAUGAGGAGCCUCUGACUUCAGACUGAGAGUGACCAGCAUGGUUCUGCACUCCCUGUUGCAUGGGAACUUCUGGGAGUCUGUACUGCAAAGCUGAGGAGAGCCUUCAGUGAAGAGACUACCGUCCCACAGUGAGACUAAGGGAGUAGCAGUAUAUGUCCCUUGUAGGAUCUUUCAUUAUAGCACUGUGUUGAACUGGUAAAGAGUACUGAUAUUUUGGAGGUCUUUGCUGCCACUUUCUAUUAACGCAGUAAGCGAAACGACAGUAAUCAUUACCGUUUUAACAUGGUGCUAUACCUGGAUCUAGAGCAUUGUCCCCCGCUGCACGAGUUCAGAUUGAGAACAAACAACAAGUUUCUGCACUCCCUGGUACUGCUUGGACUCUGGGCACCAAAGGUUAGUGUUUCUUGUGCUGAGCUCAGUGUCAGGGGAUCAUCUUGAAUUAGCAAACUCAUAGGUUAGAGCACUUCAACUGAAUUGCAGUAUGUAACCCAGUCAUGAUACACAGUGUAAGCCUUAUCCGUGUGCUCUAUGUUGGCAGUCUUGGAGUAGUGUCCAUGAAGGGAAGCUCUUCCCAGCGAUGAAGGAUGCUGAGUUUCUGGGCGAUCAGGAGCCACACAGCAUCUUCCUCUCUUUACCUUUCUCACCCGUCCAGGGAGCUCCUGUACUAAAAUGGCAGAAGUUGCAAUCGAAUGCAGGACCUUCUGAAGAAGAGACCACUGGGGUGGUCGGCUGCACAGCCAAGGGUUUGGAGUGCAAGUCCAGGUCUGAAGAGAUCACCACCCCACAUAAGAAAGGAUACCAUAAUACUGGACUGAGGAAGUGGUGGUUGAGACUUCGGAGAAAUUUAUGUUCCUCGUAGGAUAUCUGGGUGUAGCAGUGUGUUAAAAUGGUAAAGAUGGCUGAUAUGUGGAAGAAACUUUAGUGAUGUUUACUGUUUUGACAUGGUGCUGGACCUGGACUUGGGAAGAGCCCUUCCUCACUGCAAGAUGCCCACGAGGAGCUGUAUGAAUUCAGACUGAGAGAUACGAGCAAGGUUUUGCAGUGGCUGUUGCACAGGACUUACUGGGAGUCUGUGACUUGAAGGUACCUCAUUUUACGUGUAUUAUGUCUGGUCGGGUAGGAAGACAGAUUGCAACUGAAGCAAGCAUCUUGAAUCAGGAGUCUGCUUCAUAGAAAUAAAAUUUUGACCAGUCAUAAUGUGUUCAGAUGAACAGUUGGUGACACGCUCUCUAUAUAAUUGUUCCUAUAUGUUGGCAGUCCUGGAGGGGCUAGUCAGCAAGUUCUGUGCAGUGUCUUCGCCUCAUGAACUACCCACCAUCUGCGAUCACCUGUGGUGCUAAAGGCCAGAUUGUAGUCUGUGCUGGAUUUGUGUGUGGAGGCUUUCAGAUGGUGCAGCAUGUGGAUGCUAGAAUUCCACAAAAAGAGGAGCCCACUAUGGAAGAAAUCAAAACAGAACCCAAUUCAGACAGUGAAACCUUUCCAUCACCUCCCCUCAAUGAAGAGUUGCCUGUGGCAGUAAUGAAGACUGAAGCUAAUGAGGAAUCAUGGGAUGUUGCUACAAUGAAGAAUGAAAGUGAUCAUGAAGUUAUAACAGGGGACUGUGGGAUGUUGUUGGAGAGAGUAGAGCAGUUGAACAGAGAGCGAGAAAACUGUAUCAGUGAUGGUGACAUCAUCAGAUCUUCAAGUAAUAUUGAUCUCAUUAAACGCAGUUGCAAUGAAAUAGAGGAAUCUUAUGUUUGUGAUAUAUGUAAGAAACAUUUUACACAAAAUAUAUAUCUUGUUGCUCAUCAGCUCACCCACAGAAGGGAGAGUUUAUACAGUUGCAGUACCUGUAUUGAGAGUGUUUCAGAUAAUUGUGAUUUUCCUUUGCCUCAGCAAAUCCAUGCGGGAAAGAAUGAGUUUAGUUGUGAUGUAUGCUGUAAAACUUUUGCACAAAGAGUAUACCUAGUGAAACAUAAACGUAUCCAUACUGGGGAGAAACCAUACAUGUGUAAAAUAUGUAAUAAACGUUUUGCACAAAGUGGUUCUCUUACGACACAUAAACGGACUCAUACUGGGGAAAGGCCCUAUAAGUGCAACAUGUGCAAUAAGGGAUUUGUUGACAAUGCUGCUCUGUCUAAACAUCGCCGAGUUCAUACAGGUGAAAAACCUUUUAUUUGUGAAAUAUGUAAUAAAUCAUUUAGUCAGAGGUCAUGUCUUGUGAAACAUCGACACCGUGCUCAUUGGGAAAAAACAUUGCAGUUUCAGUAGUGUGUUGUGUGUGCAUCUUUGUAUGAAGCAAAGUGAAGUGUAUGACAGGUGAUAUACCAUAUUACUUCAAAUAUAAGAUGGUGCUGAAUAUAAAACACAUCCAGUUUUUGAAUGUGAGUUUUAGGAGCAAAAUUAGAAACGUGUGCAUUCCUCGAAUUUGAGACUCACCUCAGUUUUUCAACGGGAAAAAUUGUGUAAAAUGUUCAUCUUAUAUUCAAAAUAAUAUGUUAGUGUAGGAGACAGGAAUUGUACAAAUGCUGUAAGUUCUGGAGACAUUUUCUUUGCACAGUUACAGUCUGAUACAAUGAAAAACUCAUUGUAAUAAGCAUUUUCUUAUGCAAUGUCAGUUUAUGUUAAAUGUAGCAAUAUCAAUCACUUUUGUGAGAGGACUUUCUCAAAAUUUCCACACUAGUGAGUGGUUUUUUCUUAUUUCUGAAUUUGCAUAAACAUACAUUUGGUGGCAUGGUCUAGACAUCACUAUCUCUUCUAUGGAGUUUCAUGCGACAUGUUUCAGUGAAAUUUUGCCAUUAUUAGGAGUGUUCAGCUUCAUAAGUAAGAUGUUGAACUUUUAUAUCACAGAAUUACAUUGAAAAGGCAUACAUUUAACCUUUAUGGGACGGGCCAUUUAAAUUCCAGUAGUGGCAGCGGGACGGAGUUAAUUUAAAUGCCCGCCAUUGUAGAGUAAUAAA